AUGCUCCGUGCUCUGCUGCUCAUUGCCCAUGUGUGUGCUCAUGUUGAGAGCCACCACAGUUGCUCUCCUAGAAUUUACUGGAAAAUUCUUGCUUAUAUCGACAAUAGAAAAGGCCUGGAAACUCGUGAAACUCAAUUUGAGUACUUUAUCGGGUACAAGGAUCAUCUGAAAUACGCCGAGAGAAAGGAUAUCACACAUGAAAUAAUCGAGAGUCUUGAGCUUGCUAGUCCAGAUGUUUUUGAUGAUAUCAGGACUGACAGCGCCAACCGUUACUUUGAUUUUGAGGAUGCGGAGCGGAUGAUCGAACGGGAUUCUAGUGCGAGAACUGAUCAUAUUGGAACUCUGAUUGCCCGUCCUGGCAAGUUUAUGGCUAGCAAGCAGAUGUUCGUCACUUGUGGAAAGUAUAUCUUUGCUCUCGAGGAAAUUGUGAGUAGGGAAUCAUAG